CUUGGCCCUGAGUUGUCAAAAACAAGUCUCCCGAAGGAAGCCGCGCUCUCUCUCCUGGCGCAGCCUCCGGAAGGCCCCCGGGAGGCUCCAGGCGGACUCCAGCUGGCUGCCCUUGGGCUUCCAGCCCUUUUCCUGCGAGCCCCCUGCCGGCCAUCGUCCUCCCGGAGAGCCAGGCAGACCCUCCCAGACCUCCCUCCCUCCCAGGCAAGGCAGCAGGCCUCUCUUCUUUCCCCCAGCCAGCCCUGUCCUCCUUUUCCAGGACGACCCCUCCUCUCCUUCCCCCCCUUCUGCAGCCCAGGAGGGACCCCACAAGGGCUUCCUCCUAGUUGGAGAAGGACUCUGAAGAAGGCACUGGUCUUGACAGGCGUCUUGGCUAACUUUCACCCUGGAAUGUAUCCCCCCCCCUUCAACAUUUUUUUCUGGAAGGUCCUCCAUUUUGCGGUGCCUGGUCCUCCUUGGCGGUGGGUAAGGCAACUGGCCAGACCCGUCCUCUUUUCCCAGGGCCUGUCCUCCAUCCCUCCUUCUGUCCAGGAGGAACUUCAGAAUGUCCUCCAUUUGGAGCAGGACGGAGGAAGCAUGCCUUGGCAUUUCCAGGAGUGUUCUCUAGCUUGCCUUUGGUUGGAAAGGCAACCAUUCCCUUCUCCCUGUCUCAUGGAAGAUCCUACAGUGUUUACAUGUAGUGUCCUGCCUUCUGAUCCCCGUCGUUUUGCAACUGUGACCAAUGCCUAUCUGGGUACUCGUGUCUACCGGAAUAUCCUCCAUGUGAAUGGGGUAUAUAAUGGAGCAGCUGGGGACACUCAUCGGGCUGAUAUACCCAGUCCUGUUAACGUCAGAAUGAAUGUGGCUGAUGAGAAGAGCCUGAGUGAGACUUUCUCCUUGGACACCAAGACAGGAACCUAUAUCCACACAAUCCAGUCCUUGGAUUACACAGCUACUCACAGAAUCUAUGCCCAUCACUCUCUUGUUCACCUUGUGGCUUUCAGCAUAACCAUCCAGAGGUCAGCUCACAGUGCUCAGCCCAUCACUGUGAACCUCCAAACCCAGUUCACACCAGAGAGUCCAGACCUUGACUUGCACAGAGGAGCAGAUUUCCAGGGUGCUCAUUAUAUUUAUGGAAAGACUUUACUCCCUGAAGUGAAAGGUGGUCCCCAGCCUACUAUACACAUGAUCUGGACCCCAGUGCCGCAGACAGUGACCCUCUCUGAGAAGGAUGAGGAGAAAUGUUGGGACUUUCUCACUGCCAUUGCAGAGACUGGAGAAGAAGUGAAAAGGAGCUUCAGUGAAGGGAUGUCACUGAUAGAUUCUGGCUCCUUAUAUUUGUCUCACACCCAGGCAUGGGCAGCUCUCUGGCAAGGAUGCUGUGUUGAGGUUGAUGGGCCCCUUUCUCUCAGUCAGGCCAUCAAUGGCUGCCUUUAUUACCUGCUCAGUGCCAUUCCUUCUCGGGCUGCUUCUAAUCUCCUGUUCUCUGGAAUCAGCCCUGGAGGCCUUUCAAAUGGCACUCAUGGUGAAGAUUACUGGGGCCAUGUCUUCUGGGACCAGGAUACCUGGAUGUACCCAAACAUCUUGCUUUUCUACCCUGAAGCAGCUUGCGCUAUUCUGAAAUACCGGAUCAAAACACUAGAGGGAGCUCUAUUAAAUGCACAAAAACAAGGAUACAAGGGUGCAAAGUUCCCCUGGGAGAGUGCAGCUACUGGCCAAGAAGUUUGCCCUGAGGAAGUUUAUGGAGUGGAGGAAAUUCAUAUCAAUGGGGAUGUUAUGCUGGCAUUUGAACAGUAUUACUACACCACACAGGACUUGAAGCUCUUUCAAGAGGAAGGUGGCUGGGAUGUGGUCCAAGCUAUUGCUCAGUACUGGUGCAGCCGAGUAGAGUGGAAUUCCGAAGAGCAGAACUACCACAUCAAUGGUAAAUUUAUUGUUGACUUUUGAAAAACUGAAUUAUAUCAUGAUCUUAAUUUGUCGUUUUUCCUCCACCCCUGCCAACCUAUGCCUAACUUUCACCAUUUUCUGCUUUUUUCUAGUUUGAAUUUUGCAAGUUAUCUGGCCUCACAGUUGCAUAUUCCUACCCCUAAAGAGUGGAACAAAGUUGGAGAGAAAAUUAAAGUAGCUUUUGAUAAAAGUAGGCAUUACCAUCCAGAAUAUGAUGGGUACUGCCCAGGUGAACAAGUGAAACAGGCUGAUGUUAUCUUGCUUGGAUUCCCUGUCAUGUAUCCCAUGGACCCUGAAGUCAGAAGAAAUGACCUUGAGAUGUACGAGCCUGUGACAGACCCCCAGGGGCCAGCCAUGACCUGGAGCAUGUUUGCAGUUGGGUGGCUGGAACUGAAGGAAACUGAAAGAGCACAACACCAGCUAAGCAAGUGCUUUAGCAACAUCACUGAACCAUUCAAGAUCUGGGUAGAAAAUGCUGAUGGCUCAGGAGCAGUGAACUUCUUGACAGGGAUGGGUGGCUUUCUGCAAGCCAUUCUUUUUGGAUACACUGGGUUCAGGUUCACCAAGAAGCAUCUGUACUUUGACCCUGUUUGUCCAGAUGAUAUAGAGCAGUUAAAACUCAUUGGAGUGUGCUACUUAGGAAGCAAGUUGAAUUUCACCCUCACCAAAAAACUGAUCACCCUCAAAGUGACAAAGUCCUCAUCUAUGCUGGAGGCUGUAUUGCCAGGAGAAGGUAUAUGCUAUGCCCUAAAUGAAGACGAGAGUGUCUCCUUCGCUGUAGCUGAUGGAUGGAUCCAGAAAAAGACCUCUUGAUGCAUUUUGUAUGCAUAGGGUGUGAUGGCAGAGCGAGACAGUCUGAGUAUUCUGUGUUCGCUAAACAUCUGAUGUCACAGUGGAGACUGAAUUUUUAUUGCUUUCUGUAUAUAUAAACAACCUUGUUUGUGAGUGUUGGUUUGGAAAUGGCUACCACUGCCACUGUAUUGGAGAAUGCCUCAGAGAGAGCAGUGAUAAUAGAUAAUUUGAGUGACUGAUAGUACCCUCAUAGAAUAACAGAGUAGGAAAAGACUACAAGGGCCAUCCAGUCCAACCCCAUUCUGCCAUGCAGGAACUCACAAUCAAAGCACCCCCAACAGAUGACCACCCAAUCCCUGUUUACAAGCCUUCAAAGAAGGAGACUCCACCACUCUCUGAAGGAGUGUGUUCUACUGUUGAGCAGUUCUUACUAUCAGGAGGUUCUUCCUAGUGUUUAGGUGGAGUCGCUUUCCCUGUAGCUUAAAUCCUAGUCUCUGGAACAGCAGAAAACAAGCUUUCUCUAUUCUCAAUAUCACAACCUUUCAAAUAUUUAAACAUGGCUAUCAUGUCACCCCUUCAUUUUCUCUUCUACAUACUAAACAUACUAGCUCCCUAAGUUGCUCCAUAGGGCAUGGUUUCCAGACCUUCCCCAUUCUUGUCUACCUAUCCUGGGCCCUCUAUGAUGUUUUCUCACAUCUUUUCUUCCUGCCAGUCAUCUCUCAACUCUUCUCUAAUAUGAAGCUAGAUUAGAUUAGAUUAGUACCCUGAGUAACAUUACUAUCUGAGAAUGGAAUUCCUAUAAUAAAUCAUUUAGUUUGCUUCUGUAAGCCAUUGGUGUCUUUGCUCCUUAAUUAGGAUCUGUAACUGCUGCACACACUCUCUGUUAUGUAGAUCAGUGAAAUCUCUAACUUUGAUAUUCCUAAGGGACAAUUUUGCCCCUCCUACAAACUGCUUUAGGCUGCGCUUCCUCUGAAAAUGAGGCUUUUCUGCAUUUUUAUUUUCAAAAUCAGAAGUGACCAGAAAAUUACUGCUAGUUUUGAAACAAAGCUGGCCACUCCAUCUCCCCUAAAUGAAACUUUAAUAAUUAAAACAAGCCCUUACACCUUGGCCAGAGGGGAGAAUCCCUGUGUCUGGAGACUUCUAGAAAUAGCAGUUUUUUUCCUUUUAAACAACAGCAAAAAUGGUAUCAACGGGAGCAUGAGGCAAGGGGUCACCAUAUCCUGGAUUAGGUGUUCAUGGUAAUGUUGGAAAUUCUCUGUCUCAAAUCCAAAAGAUGUUAGCCUGCAUCUUAGUGUUAUAAAGCAUUAGUGACAUUAAUAAUUUUUACUUACUUGGCUUUAAUGAGCUAAGCUUGUGUCAGCAGGCUCAAAUUAAUAACCAAGGAGUUUAUCACACAGGACAGAUGCCGUGCAGAAAGUGAAUUUAAACUGGAAAAAACCUGCAAAAGCAGGUAGAUUUUCAGAUGCUAUCAGGAGUUAACCUAAUCAGAAAGUGGACAAAACCCUCAAAAGCGGGUUGAUUUUCACACGAUGAGCAUUAACACGACAU